CAGGGGAUAUUUUUACCUCCAGAAUACGGACUGAUAUUGACAAUCAGUGAAAACAAUCGUUAUGUAAUCACAUAAUCUGAACCCUGAUACAGAGAACUUGUCAAAGGCCCACGGAAACUGACAUAAAAAUUCAGUUGUCGUCUGCCAGUCACAAGUUAUUUCUAAGUCACAUGACCGUCGUCAUUAUGAAUACUGGAUCCAUGGCGCUAGUGACGAACUAGAAAUUCUUCCAAGAAAAUGGUGUGAUGUUAAAUAAUUGAUACCAGCUCAAUAUGGAGGUUGACAUAAUGUGACGUACUGCAAACAGAAUCGCUGGUAUUAGGUCCGUCUGUUCCUUAGUCUGGGAUUUAGUUGUGUCGUCUGCUUUGCCUAUUAUCAACCAAAAGACAAAAGAAAAGGAGAAAAUAUACCAUUCACUGUUUCAUAAAUGUAAUCUUAAACGAUAAUCGAGGAGCCGGGAUCGCUGACACCGUUUCCCUGUUUAAAUGUGGAAUCUGAGGUUUUAGCGACAAUGCAUCAUCGCUAGAUUGGCAAUAUACUCUUCGCACUGUUUCGCACGAGUCUCUGGCGUAUUGUGGCAAUCUAAGUGUAAGUUUGAAUAUUUCCAGAUAUUACUGAACUGAAUUUACAAUUGAUAUUGACCACAAAAAAUUUCAAACGUUUGAAUUGCGCACUUUAGUUUGGUUUCUCCUUUUAGCCAUUCUCUUUCGUUUUGCAAACCCGUGAGCAUGGAAUACAACUAUAGAUGACCGCCGCCCAGCGGUCAUGGAAGUUAUGCAGAGGCCUGCUUAGUGUCGAAAUUUGCAUGAUUGACCGUAGUUAGUGCGAGUCGGGUUUUUUUUUUUUUUUUUUUUUAAAAGUAAGCACUUUUAUUUAUCCAUGAUUCAAGUUGGAACCUGCGCCGUGGCCAAUGACGGGUCUGGGUCUCAGGGGCACGAAGGCGAGUCCGCAGCGUCAUUAGUACAUCGAGUAUCCUCGCGGAGGAAGCGGGAAUCCAGCGUCAGUUCGGAACACUUCUCUAUCCGAAAACCGCGCGACAGUCUGAAACCCGAGGUAAAGAUAGCUCCAAACCCAACCAUCGCGUCAUAUCCGCCGGCAAACACUGGCACCUCAGAUGCCGAGAACUCGCCGCUCAUCAUGGGUGUUCAAGGCGGUGAGAUAGGGGAUAGUUCGGGACGGUACUACCCGGAUGAGAACAAUGUAGGUCCCCCGGACAGCAAUGCCAUCAUGAGGAGCAAGAGAUUGUCCAAACGAGUGGUUCUAAAUGUCGGCGGUGUCAAACACGAGGUGAUGUGGAGAACUCUGGAUCGGAUGCCACACACUCGUCUGGGAAAACUGCAAUCAUGCAACACACACGAAAGCUUGAUGGAAAUCUGUGAUGACUAUACGCUGGAUUGUAAUGAAUAUUUCUUUGACCGACAUCCUAGGUCUUUUUCUUCCAUUUUAAACUUCUAUCGUACGGGUAAAUUGCACUUGGUAGAGGAAAUGUGCGUACUGUCUUUCAGUGAUGAUUUGGAGUACUGGGGUGUCGACGAAUUGUACUUAGAAUCUUGUUGUCAGCAUAAAUACCACCAGAAAAAAGAACAUGUGUACGAGGAAAUACGAAAAGAAGCCGAGAGUCUGAGACAACGGGAGUCCGACGAGGAUUUUGGUAACGGCAUGUGUGCGAAAUGGAGGAAGAAAGUCUGGGAUCUGUUGGAGAAACCACAAUCAUCUAUGGCUGCGAGGACGCCAUUUGAAAAAUUCUGGGCCUACCUGGGCCAGGUGCUGGCCAUUGUGUCCGUGCUCUUCAUCGUCCUGUCUACCGUGGCGCUCACCUUGAACACCAUUCCCAGCCUUACGGACGAUAACGGCGUGUCCGAGGACCUGGAGAUCAUCGAGGCCGUGUGUAUAUGCUGGUUCACGCUAGAGUACCUGGGCCGAUUCUGGGCCUCUCCAAACAAGUGGAAAUUCUUCAAAGGACCUUUGAAUAUCAUUGACUUGUUAGCCAUUUUACCGUAUUUUAUUAGCUUGGGAUUAUCAGAAACCAACAAACACACGACAGAGCAGUUCCAGAAUGUUCGAAGAGUUAUACAAAUUUUUAGAAUUAUGCGAAUUUUACGUAUUUUAAAACUUGCGCGUCAUUCGACCGGGUUGCAGUCGUUGGGCUACACCCUUCAGAGAAGUUACAAGGAGUUAGGGCUUUUAUUAAUGUUUUUAGCUAUUACAAUAUUACUCUUUUCAAGUUUGGCUUAUUUUGCCGAAAAGGACGUAGACAAAACGAAAUUCAAAAGUAUUCCAGAAACAUUUUGGUGGGCCGCCAUCACCAUGACCACCGUGGGAUACGGUGAUAUCUACCCUAUGACUACGCCGGGUAGAUUAGUAGGCGCUGUGUGUUGUAUUUGUGGUGUGUUAGUUAUUGCGCUCCCGAUUCCUAUCAUCGUUAAUAAUUUCGCUGAAUUUUACAAGGACCAAAUGCGGCGGGAGAAAGCCCUAAAGCGGCGAGAUGCUCUUGAGCGAGCUAAGCGUACAGGAAGCAUAGUGUCAGUGCAUUCUUUCAAUAUAAGGGAUGUUUAUGCAAGAAGUGUGGACCUGUUGGACGUUAACGUGGACUCAGCUGGAGGCAGAGGGUCAUGUGACAACGGACACAAUUGUGAUGGUGGAGUCGGCACUGCCAACAAUGAAAACAAGUGCACAGGCGCGCCGCAAUUUGUGACGAACACAUCCGACAUGGCUAUUAAAUCAUCGAAUGAUCACUGUGAUUUGAACAGUCUUCCUGACUAUAAAUGUGCAACUAAUCUUAUAGAGACGGAGGAAGAGGAGUCGGGGAUGAUGGCUACCUCUCAACCAGCUUUACAUUCUGAGCAACAGGGAAAGCUUGAAUACCCACCAACUGCUGAAAAUACCAUGCAUGCGCGUUGUACCAUUGAACUUAAACCGUUGGCCCGCCAAAGCAGUAACACAAGUACUGAUACAUUUAAUAGCUGUUUGACCCACCCAUCAAGCCCCGGAUGUUCAGGGACACAAAGUCAUCUACAAAAUAAUUGCAAUCGACAUAAUUUAUAUAUAAAUCCUUUGGACAGCUCCAGACUGUGCUCAGCUUUUAAUAUGACUGACAAUAACAUCAAACAUACUGACCUGACUUCAGAUUCUAAAUGUUCUGAUAACCUGUUUGCAACUGACAAUGACUCUGUACAAAUUGUUCAGAAACUGGAGGAUGGAUAUGUUACGAAAUGGAAUCGCAAUAUACUUUCACACAAUCAGUCAAGCCUCCCGCCUAGACUUAUCCACCAGAGGAGUUCCGAAGAAUCACCUAAGUCUAUCGAAAAGUCGCUUCUAAAACGUCACAAAUCGGAGACCUGCGAUCGGCACAGCAAAGUCUCUGGCAUUAAGGAGCGGUCCUAUUCUUCCUCGGACAACAUUUAUGACGAAAGCUCAAGCAAAUCAAAGACUGCUAAGUUUCGGAAAGCAGUAUCUUUGGCCAGUAGGCUUCAUUCGAGUCCUUCCACUGGUCGAAAAUUAGCUAAUUAUCAUUUAAUUGCCAAUCCACAAUCAGGUAAAUCCAGUGAUUCCGGAAAAUUGCAAAAUGGAAUAACUUUUGACCGUGAAGGUUCCACCCAAUUUGAAUACUCUCCAACAAUGAUGAAAUCUAUUCUUAAAAAGGAUUACAAUGUCACUCCAGGAGAAGACACAGAAACGUUAUUACAGAAUACAUCCAACGAUUGCGAAUCGUUUCAAUGGGGAAAAUCUGAAAAAUCUCCCACAAACAAUACACAGUCUUCGGAUGUGCCGGAAAGCAAUCUUCCUGCAAUAUACGACAACGGAAAUCAAGAAGAAUCACUUCCGGUGAGGCUACACAGUGAUGCAAACACACUUCCGCUUUCUUCCCCUUUAAAUUCUGCUUGUGGAACCCCUCUUACAGAUAGAUUGGACGAUUAUAGUAUAUUUGACUCUUCCGAAAACCGAGGUGAAGAAGACCUUGAAUUUAGCGAUAGUGUGGCUAGCCCCUUAAAAGGGAACUGCUGGGGCAGGGACCGAGAUAGUGGGAAUUCAUGGCAAAAUAAUGACACAAGUCCUUCCGACAAUUUUGAUGUCGAGGAGAGUAUGGUUGGAUCUAUUUCUAUUGAGCGGUCCCCUUCAGAUGACAAUAGUCUUUCAUCUCAUAAUUUAAUGCAUUUAUCUCCUGUUGAGAAUAAUUCAAAUUCAGAUCCCAAGUUAGCACAGACUAGCUUUGAGUUCUAUACUGAAGGUGAUAUAAAUGGUCAACGAAAGGAUUAUCAAGUAGACACACUAUUAAAUAAUAUAGGACGGAUGUCCUCGGAUGAUAGCGCCGAGAUUUACUCCCAGGAAGCCAGUGGAUAAUAACUGUAAGUCGUGCUGGCCAUGUCAUUACAUGUACAUGUAAUCUGUAUUGAUAUCUUUUACAUAAGAAUGACUCACAUGCUUUUAAAACUUUCUUUUAAAUUGUUCUUUGUUUCAGAUUUGGAAGAUCGUCUUCAUACGUUUCUAAAGAGAAAGAUUUUUUGUCUUAUAUCUUAUAAGAAACUUUGUCAGUAUUGUUAAAACUUUCUUACUUUUUUUAUUGCACAUUCAUUGUUACAAUUACAUAAACUUUAUUGCAUUACAAAGUAAAUUACUUUGCACAUGUAAUUGUUACCAUACUUAGUACUACAUGUUAUUUGCAUUACCCUGCAAUGUUUGAUAGUUUAUUAAUCUUUGUUGUAUUAAUUGGUACAACGCCAUCUUGUUCUUUUUAGAAUUCAAAGCGUGAAGAAUGAAAUAAACUUGUUCAAUUUG